CGCGCCCGGCGCUAGUGUCGUUGCCGCGGGGACUCGGGCGAACGUGUGAGCGCGGAGCGGAGCGAAUCGCGUCAUUUGGAAUUUAUAAUCGGAGUCGUUUGUUUUAAAAAGUGAAAUUUUAAUCUUCCGUUGUACAUGACUCAUGACAUCAUAGCGGGGACGUUGAUGUUCGCUGCCGACGCAAUGAAGAAGGACACCGAGCGGCUUAUAGCCGAGGUGGGCGCGCGGCCCGCCAUCUGGCAGCAGAAGCACCCGCAGUACAAGCUCAAGCACAUCGUCAAGAAAAGUUGGGACGAGAUACACGCGUUGUUCCCGAAUUAUGGUUUGGUCGAGCUGAAGAAGAAAUGGAAGAACCUCAAGGACGCGUAUCGGAAAGAAUUGAAGAAGAACCCGCAAAUGCACACGAGUGACCCUAACUAUACCUACAAGUCCCUGUGGAAGUACUUCCAAGAUCUGGACUUUCUGAAGGACGAGUGCAAGGACCUGAUCGAGGACGACGAGGAGCCGGCCACCGCCAGCGACAACGAGAGCCACGACAACUUCGUUGACAACCUCCCUUUGGCCACUCUGACCUCCCCUCCGGAUUCUCCCCUCCACCAAGGGGACAGGUCAUUCAAACGCCAACUCGAAUUAAGCUCAGAUUACCAAGAAUUCGAAAGAAAGAGACGCAAAACCAUGGAGAGAAGACGCAGCAGUGAGAGGAAUUCCGAUAAUUACCACUUUCUGAUGAGCAUUCUCCCCGAAAUGGAUAGGUUACAUUCCAUACAGAAGAUUCGGUUGAGAAAUAAGAUCAAUCAAGCUUUGUUGGAAGAGAUAACGCUGGCGAUGUAUGGGGACCCUAUGAGCUGCGAUCUGACUCAUACGAAAAAUGAACAGGAAUAGUUUUAAUAGUAGAUCUAAGAGAUUAGAUAGGUUGACUACGUGACGCUAUCAAGUGAUUGAUACUAAUGAAGAUGGAUAAUUUAAUUGAAAUUUUAAUGUAUGAUCUAUAAGUACUUAAUUAGCAAAUAUUUUCCAUUUGAUAGAGUACCUACAGCUAUGUAUAAACGACAAGUAGGCUAAAAUACAAAUAUUCAGUAUUUUUAAUUA